UGGGGCGCUCCCGUGGCUCCUCCCCCGGCGGGCGUGUAGUGUCGGCCCAGCGACUGCGGGAGGCAUCCCGGAGCCGGCCGGGCGGGGCGGAGUCGACGCUCGGCCCGGCCUCUGCUCACCUCAUCCACGGGAGACGGAAGUCUUGGCCCUGCUCCGCUCCCCCGAGAAUCGGGCCUCGCCCUGCUGGGCGGCUGGACCUGGGCAAAGCCUGGGCGCGCUCCCGCGCAGCGGCGCCAUGAAGCGCUCGGGGACUCUGCGGCUGCUCUCGGACCUGAGCGCCUUCGGCGGCGCGGCGCGGCUCCGGGAGCUGCUGGCCGGGGACUCAGCGGUCCGAGUCCGUGGCAGUCCGGACGGCCGCCACUUGCUGCUCCUGCGACCCCAUGGGGCGGUAGCCCCACAGCUGCUAGUCGCGUCGCGAGGGCCCGGCGCGGAGCUAGAGCGGGCCUGGCCGGCCGGCCAGCCCUCCCCGCUGGACGCCUUCUUCCUGCCGUGGCCAGCGCGGCCGGCGCUGGUGCUGGUGUGGGAGAGUGGCCUGGCCGAGGUGUGGGGCGCGGGCGUGGGGCCUGGCUGGCGGCCGCUGCAGAGCACCGAGCUGUGUCCGGGCGGGGGAGCCCGCGUUGUGGCAGUGGCGGCGCUCCGAGGCCGCCUGGUGUGGUGCGAGGAGCGCCAGGCCCGGGCCGAGGGCCCGUCAGGAUCGCCAGCAGCCGCUUUCAGCCACUGUGUGUGCGUCCGGACUCUGGAGCCCAGCGGGGAAGCUAGCACCAGCCUGGGCCGCACACACGUCCUGCUGCACCACUGCCCUGCCUUCGGGCUGCUGGCCUCCUGCAGACAACUCUUCCUAGUGCCCACUGCCACCACCUGGCCUGGCGUGGCCCACGUUCUACUCAUCUGGAGCCCAGGCAAGGGCAAAGUGAUGGUGGCUGCCCCACGGCUUGGCCUCUCCUACAGUAAGAGUCUGAAUCCUGGACGAGGGGACACAUGGGACUUCCGGACCCUGCUCCGAGGCCUUCCUGGGUUGCUGUCCCCCAGGGAGCCACUGGCUGUACACACCUGGGCCCCAACUCCCCAGGGCCUGCUGUUGCUUGACUUCGGGGGCACUGUGAGCCUAGUGCAGUCCCACGGUGGUACCCGGGCUGUGGGCACCCUGCAGGAGGCACCUGUAGGCCCGUGGGGGUCUGCAGCCCUAGGCACAUUUCAGGGCACUCUGGCCUGUGUGCUGGGCUCCACAUUGGAACUGCUGGACAUGGGCAGUGGGCAGCUGCUGGAGAGGAAGGUCCUAAGUACAGACAGGGUACAUCUGCUAGAACCGCCAGCCCCCGGCAUGGAGGAUGAGGAAGAGCUGGAGACCCGAGGGAAUCUUCGUCUGCUUUCAGCCUUGGGUCUGUUUUGUGUGGGCUGGGAAGCCCCACAGGGUGUUGAGUUGCCUUCAGCCAAGGAUCUGGUGUUUGAGGAGGCCUGCGGGUACUACCAGCGGCGGAGCCUGCGGGGUGCCCAGCUCACUCCAGAAGAACUGAGACACAGCAGCACAUUCCGGGCACCUCAGGCUCUGGCUUCUAUCCUCCAGGGCCACCUGCCCCCAUCUGCACUGCUGACCAUGUUGAGGACCGAGCUUCGGGAUUACCGAGGCUUAGAACAGCUGAAGGCCCAGCUGGUGGCUGGGGAUGAUGAGGAGGCUGGUUGGACUGAGCUGGCGGAGCAGGAAGUGGCACGCCUGCUGAGGACUGAGUUGAUAGGAGACCAGCUAGCCCAGCUCAACACCGUUUUCCAAGCCCUUCCUACAGCAGCCUGGGGUGCCACCCUCAGGGCCCUGCAGCUCCAGCUAGAUGGGAAUGGCAAGCUGAGGUCCCAAGCACCCCCUGAUGUGUGGAAGAAAGUGUUAGGGGGAAUAACCGCUGGAAAGGAACCCCCCAAUGGAAUACUGCCCCCCUUUGAACUCCUGUGCCAAUGUCUGUGCCAGCUGGAGCCUCGAUGGCUGCCACCCUUUGUGGAGCUGGCACAGCAGCAGGGUGGGCCGGGCUGGGGGGCAGGGGGCCCGGGACUGCCCCUGUAUCGCCGAGCCCUGGCAGUGCUAGGUGAGGAGGGGACCAGGCCUGAGGCUCUGGAGCUAGAGCUGCUCUUGAGCAGUGGGCGGCCUAAAGCUGUGCUCCAAGCUGUUGGGCAGCUGGUGCAAAAGGAACAAUGGGAUCGGGCUCUGGAUGCUGGCCUGGCCCUCGGCCCCUCCAGUCCCCUGCUUCGAAGUGAAAUCUUCAAACUGCUGCUGGCCGAGUUUGCCCAGCACCGCCGGCUUGAUGCUCACCUCCCCCUCCUUUGCCGCCUGUGCCCACCAGAACUGGCUCCAGCUGAGCUCCUGCUUCUACUGAGGACAUACCUCCCAGAUGAGGUGGGGCCCCCAACCCCAUUCCCUGAGCCUGGAGCAGAGCCCCCUCUCACUGUGGGCUUGCUCAAAGCCCUGCUGGAGCAGACUGGGGCUCAAGGAUGGCUGUCGGGCCCAGUUCUAAGCCCAUAUGAGGACAUCCUAUGGGGCCCCAGCACUCCACCCCCGACUCCACCUCGGGACCUAUGACUACCCUUCAGACAGAAAAGAAGAAAACACAAAGACACAGAAGGAGAAAGCCAUGUGAAGGCAGAGGCAGAGACAGAGACUGGAGCGAUGGGUCUACAAGCCAAAAACACCAAGAAUUGCUGACAGCCACCAGAAGCUGGGAAAGUGGCAUGAGGCGGAUUCUCUCCUGGAGCCUCCCGAACAAACCUGCACUACUGACACCUUGGUUUGGGACUUCUGGCCUCCAGAACUGUGAGAAAAUUUCUGUUGCUAUAAACCAAGUGUGUGGUAAUUUGUUAUAGCAGCCCAAAUAAAUGCAUCUACUGUACAAGAGUGAGGUCUCCCUCAUAACUGCAGCUCCCUAAGGAGGGAUGGAUAUUAUAUCUUGGGUAAAGGCUGUCUUUUGUGGGUCAGACUCAGGAUGCCAGGGAAAGGCUGAGAGUCUCAGGAGAGCCUUCACCAGGCUCAGACUGAGGUUGAGCUUUAGGCUGUGAAUUUGCAGUUCCUGGCCGAGCUCCCUUACUUGCCCAGGGUAGCCUGGAUGUUGCUGCCCUGUGUCUGAAGCUCUUGGUCCAGCUGGUCCCUCUCCAUAGUGAGCUGAAGGGCAAGGUCCCUGAUGCUCUGCAGAACCUUUUCAAAGCUUUGGUUGCUAGGAAAGGAGUCAAGAACAAUAAAUGGAAUAUAGAUCCUGGCAUUGACAGUGGAAAGAUGACUUGGCUUUGAUCCCAGCCCAAGGAGGCACUGCUCUGCCAGGCCAAGCUGGAGCCACAAUCCUGGAGACUCUUUGGAUAACUUCCAUCCUCCCCACUAACACACUGAAGAGCAUUUCAUACCUCAAAGCACCUCCCUGUCAGUCACUUCAUCUGAUCCUCCUAUCCCUGAAGCCCACAGGGCAGGGGUUAUGAUGCUCAGAUUACGGAUGAGAAAACUAAGCUACAAACAGCACACUGGCUCCUUGGCUAGCAGAUGAGAGAGCUGGGACUAGAAAGAAGAUGGGUCUGCAGGCUUAAGGCCAGAACCUUUCCCCAUGGACUCCUCUCAGCUGCAGAAUAGGACCCCAGCCAUGGCUGGACUGCCAUAGCUGCAAAAUUUUUUUUUUGUUUUUUUUGAGACAGAGUUUCGCUCUUGUUGCCCAGGCUGGAGUGCAAUG